AUGGCAGGCGUGCCUCAGAUGGUAUCUAAGAGACUAAUUCUCUGCUGUGACGGCACUUGGAUGAACAGCGAUAAUGGGUACGAGGAGCCUGGUUGGUUUGAAUCCAAGGGCACGUUGCAAGUGCCCUCCAAUGUGACCCGUAUCUCGAGGUGUUUCAAGAGACGUUGCAGUGAUGGCAAGCUCCAGGUCAUCAGCUAUGAGUCCGGCGUUGGCACUGGCAGCAAUGGCAUGGAUAGCUUGAUGGGAGGAGCUUUCGGGCUCGGGCUCUCAGAACGAGUGCGUGAAACGUACUCCUACCUCUGUUCCAACUACAUGGACGGCGAUGAGAUCGUCCUGAUUGGGUACUCUCGUGGUGCCUUCACCGCCCGCUCUGUGGCUGGUAUGGUCGGUAAUAUAGGUUUACUCACCCGUGAAGGUGUCGAGUUCUUCUACUGCAUCUUCAAGGACAUGCAGAACUGGCAGAAUCCUGAUUACAAGGACCCGUUCCCUAACCAGCCCUUCUCCAAUAAGCCCAAGGGACCACAUGCCGCAGCCGAGUACCGUUCGAGGCUCGAGAAGAUGGGCUUCACGAGGGUUAAGCAAGCCAGUGGCGACUUGAUUAAGAUCAAAGCCAUUGGCGUCUGGGACACGGUUGGUAGCCUCGGUAUCCCAGAUGUUGCUUGGCUCAACAAGAUGGCACUUGCCCUCGACGAGACUCGCCCUCCAUUCAGUCCGGCAGUCUGGGAAAGACGCGGAGAAGACCAGCAGACAAACUUGAAACAAGUCUGGUUCCCAGGCAAUCAUGCCAACGUUGGCGGUGGAUGGGAAGACCAGGGUGCGGCAAAUUGCACUCUAGCGUGGAUGAUGGAUCAACUCGCCUCGGUUGGUGUCGAGUUUGACGAAACGAGCAUAGAUCGGUAUUUCCAACAAACUUCUGAAUACUACCAGACACUCGGGGCCAAGGAGCAGGGCAAUCGAGGCAAGGCUGGCUUGAAAUGGGCAGUAGGUCCAAUCUAUGACACAAACUCACCUCUGCGUCCAUGGGGUCUUGGACAAAUCAGUAAGAAGGUCAGCCUGCUUUAUUGGUUCUCCGGACAGAUCACAAGGUCACCGGGAUUGUACCAUGAGCAUGACCCUGAGACGGAAGAACGGAAGGCGAGGUUUCUUCAAGACACCAAUGAGCGCAUCCAUAGUUCAGUGCGCAUUCGGCUGGCCUGCAAGGGACUUGAUCUGAAUGAUAAAAGCGUUUGGGUUUGCCCAGCCCUUAGCAAGUGGCGUCUCAAGCGAGGUGAGCCUGACUCAAAUUCUGUAACCAAACAGACACACUGGGUUUGGGAGUUUGCUGGUGGCGAGAAGGAGGCAAAUCCUGACAAGAAACAACGUGUCAUGGCAGAGGAGCCUCUGGGGCCUUACGAACAACGGCUUUUGGGCCUCGCUGCCGGAACACCCAAUGUUUGGGAAUAUGCCGAGAAGAAUGCUGGAACUCAAUGA